AUGGCAGACCCCGGUGCAGAGAAAGAGAUACAGGCUCCUACGGCCGCUCCAGAGAAUCACGCGAUCAACAUUCAAUCCUCCUCGGAGGGCCGUGGCAAUGAUUCCGAAGGUGAAAAAGCUGCCCCUGUGAGCGAGAAGGACGACGAUGGAAUCGAAAGAGUUGAGUCCAGGUCUGAUGGAGAAGAUGACGCACCCAAGGAGCCUCUGGCAACAACCAAAAGCCAUGCUACCGAUGCCAGUGUAGUCAUGAAUGCUGCUGCAGAAUAUGCGGCGAAACCCUGGUACAAGAAGAUGAAUCCCAUGCGCUGGGGCGGUAUACCGGAGAUUCCCAAGGAGCGUAUAAUCUCUCGAGAGUACCAGGCUGGUUUCUUUAGCAGACUCACCUUCUACUGGAUGAACCCUCUCAUGACGACAGGAUAUAAGCGUCAGCUAGACAAGCAAGACAUCUGGAUUGUCAAUCCUGACAGAGCAGCCGAGCCAAUGACACUUAAAGUGAAGGAGGCAUUCAAGAGACGAGUCCAAAAUGGCCAAAAGCGACCUCUACUUGGUGCUUUGCACGAAACCUUCACAUUUGAAUUCUGGCUUGGUGGUGUUUGCUCGCUCAUCGCAACUAUCAUGCAGGUCCUCUCUCCGUUUAUUCUCCGCUACCUGAUCCAGUUUGCAACCGAUGCCUACGUAGCUCACGUCAGCCACUCUCCUGCUCCCCAUAUCGGACGAGGUCUCGGUUUGGCCAUUGGCGUUACUGUCAUGCAGAUUAUACAGAGUGUGUGUAUCAGCCACUUCAUCUACCGAGGCAUGAUGAUGGGAGGCCAAAGCCGUGCCGUCUUGAUUAGUAUGAUCUACGAGAAAUCCAUGGUCAUCUCGGGUCGUGCCAAGGCUGGCGGCGUCAAGGAGGCCAUAAUGCCAGAGUCGAACGAGCAAGACGAGAAAGACAAGGGCAAGGACACGGCAAAGGACACGGGCAAGGACGAUGACAAGAAAAAGGGAAAGAAAGGACCCGCAGUGCAAGAUGGCUUGGGCUGGGGCAACGGGCGUAUUACCAACUUGAUGAGCGUCGAUACUUAUCGUGUUGAUCAAGCCUCGGCCCUUUUACACAUGACCUGGACUUCCCCUGUCGCCUGUGUCAUCACACUCGUUCUCCUGCUGGUCAAUCUGACGUACAGUGCGCUGGCUGGUUUUGGCCUCCUCCUCAUUGGUGUUCCCCUCAUCACCAAGGCUAUCCAGUCCCUCCUUCAACGAAGAAAGGCCAUCAACAAGAUUACCGACCAGAGAGUGUCUCUCACCCAGGAAAUUCUGCAGUCCGUCCGAUUUGUCAAGUACUUUGGCUGGGAGAAGGCCUUUAUCGACCGUCUCGCCGAGAUUCGCUCCAAGGAGAUCUACUCUAUUCAGGUCCUGCUCGCCAUCCGCAAUGCCAUCAAUGCCGUCAGCAUGUCCAUGCCGAUUUUUGCCUCGAUGCUGUCCUUUAUCACGUACUCCCUGACCAACCACGGCCUGGCACCUGCUCAAAUCUUUUCUUCGCUAGCCUUGUUCAACGGUCUUCGAAUCCCUCUCAACUUGCUGCCCCUUGUCCUUGGUCAGGUGAUUGAUGCUUGGUCCUCUCUUCAGCGGAUUGAGCAAUUCCUCCUUGAAGAAGAGCAGGAAGAAGAGGUUAUCCUCAAGCCUGAGGGAGAGCAUGCCAUUGAACUCAUCGACGCGUCCUUUACUUGGGAGAGAACCCCAACCAAGGAGGCCGAUAAGGGUGCUGCCGGCAAGGACAAGAAGAAAGCCAAGAAGUCGGAGGCUCCAAAGGAGACUGUCCAAUCUGCGUCUGGUGAUGACUCUAGCACACUGGUGGAGGAGCGUGAGCCCUUCAAGUUGCAAGAUCUAAACCUGCAGGCUGGCCGAAACGAACUGAUUGCUGUUAUUGGUACUGUCGGCAGUGGCAAGAGUUCUUUGCUCGCUGCCUUGGCUGGUGACAUGCGUAAGACAAAUGGUGACGUGGUUUUCGGCGCAUCCAGGGCCUUCUGUCCCCAAUAUGCCUGGAUUCAGAACUCCUCAUUGCAGAACAACAUCAUCUUUGGCAAGGAAAUGGAUAAGGACUGGUAUAAGGAGGUUAUUCGAGCAUGUGCUCUUCAACCUGAUCUCGACAUGCUACCUAAUGGUGAUCUUACUGAAAUUGGUGAACGUGGUAUCACAAUCUCUGGUGGUCAGAAGCAGCGUCUCAACAUUGCUCGCGCCAUCUAUUUCGAUGCCGAUAUUGUUCUCAUGGAUGAUCCUCUCAGUGCCGUCGAUGCCCACGUUGGUCGCCACAUCUUUGACAACGCCAUCUUGGGUCUCCUCAAGGAUAAGUGCCGUAUCCUCGCUACCCAUCAACUCUGGGUUCUUUCUCGUUGCGAUAGGAUCGUUUGGAUGGACGCCGGCAAGAUUCAGGCCAUUGACACUUUUGAGAAUCUGAUGCGAGAUCACAAGGGCUUCCAGGAACUGAUGGAAACAACUGCCGUCGAAAAGAAGGAAGAGGAAGAAGAAGAGGACGAUGACAAGCUGAAACAGCUGACCCUGACUGAGACCGCCGAAGCCCGCAAGAACAAGAAGAACAAGAAGGGCGCAGCUCUCAUGCAGCAGGAAGAAAAGGCCCAAGCCAGUGUGCCUUGGUCUGUGUAUGGUGCAUACGUCCGCGCCUCUGGUACUCUGCUGAAUGCUCCCUUGGUCAUCUUCGUCCUCAUCCUGUCUCAGGGCGCCAACAUCAUGACCAGCUUGUGGCUCUCGUACUGGACCUCGGACAAGUUUGGAUUGUCAAUGGGUCAGUACAUUGGUAUCUACGCUGGUCUCGGUGCCAUCCAGGCCCUGCUCAUGUUCCUCUUCUCCGUCAUGCUGUCUAUCCUGGGCACCAACUCCAGUAAGGUCAUGCUCCGCGAGGCAAUGUUCCGAGUCCUGCGUGCUCCCAUGUCCUUCUUCGACACCACACCUCUGGGCCGCAUCACGAAUCGUUUCUCUCGCGAUGUUGACGUCAUGGAUAACAACUUGACGGAUGCCAUCAGAAUGUACUUCUUUACGCUCUGCAUGUGUACCGCCGUGUUUGCCCUGAUCAUUGCCUACUUCCACUACUUCGCCAUUGCCCUUGUGCCUUUAUACUUUCUGUUCAUUGGCGCUGCGUCAUACUACCGUGCAUCGGCCCGAGAGGUUAAGCGUUUCGAAUCGGUCCUUCGAUCGACAGUCUUUGCCAAGUUUGGCGAGGGUCUGACGGGUGUGGCUUCGAUCCGUGCUUACGGGCUCAAGUCCCGAUUUAUCAAGGAUCUUCGUGAUUCGAUUGAUGAGAUGAAUGGCGCUUACUUCUUGACCUACUCUAAUCAGCGCUGGCUGUCCCUUCGAUUGGAUUUGAUUGGUAAUCUCCUUGUGUUUACCGUUGGAAUCCUUGUCGUCACAUCACGAUUCAGCGUCAACCCUUCCAUUGGCGGUCUGGUGCUCAGUUACAUUCUGUCUAUUGUUCAGAUGCUCCAGUUCUCCAUCCGCCAGCUGGCUGAGGUUGAGAACGGCAUGAACGCUGUUGAACGUCUCCGCUACUACGGCAAUGAGCUUGAAGAGGAAGCUCCCCUUCACACCGUCGAUGUUCGCGAAUCUUGGCCAGAAAAGGGAGAGAUUGUCUUUGACAAUGUCGAGAUGCGUUACCGCGAGAAUCUGCCUCUUGUGCUCAAGGGCCUCUCCAUUCACAUCAAGGGCGGAGAGCGCAUUGGUAUCGUCGGUCGUACCGGUGCCGGAAAGAGUUCUAUUAUGAGCACUCUGUUCCGUCUGGUCGAGAUCUCAGGGGGCUCCAUCUCCAUUGACGGCAUCAACAUUGCUACUAUCGGCUUGUUUGACCUGCGCUCCCGCCUUGCCAUUAUCCCUCAGGACCCGACUCUCUUCCAGGGCACUGUCCGCAGCAACCUUGAUCCCUUCCAUGAGCACACUGACCUUGAGCUCUGGUCAGCCCUCCGACAGGCCGAUCUUGUGCCUGCGGAUGCCAACAUGGAAGACCGCAAGACUGAUCCCGGACGCAUCCACCUCGACACCGUUGUUGAGGAAGACGGCCUCAACUUCUCACUCGGCCAGCGCCAGCUCAUGGCCCUUGCCCGAGCUCUCGUCCGUGGUUCCCAGAUCAUUGUCUGCGACGAGGCCACUUCCAGUGUCGACAUGGAGACGGACGACAAGAUCCAGCGCACCAUGGCCACGGGUUUCAAGGGCAAGACACUCCUCUGCAUUGCCCAUCGUCUGCGCACCAUCAUUGGCUACGACCGCAUCUGCGUCAUGGACGCCGGUCGCAUCGCCGAGCUGGCUUCGCCCCUGGAGCUGUGGAAGAUGGAGGGCGGCAUCUUCAGAAGCAUGUGUGACAGGAGCGGCAUUCGCGUCGAAGACAUUGAAAGUGCGAAGCUGGAGUUGGAUCAGUUGGAUGCUGCUGCUGCCGCUUCCAGCUCAUGA